AUGUCUUUCUCCGACUUCUCCAAGGUUGAAACCCUUAAAUCCUUAAACGAAUUCUUAGCUGAUAAGUCUUAUGUUGAUGGUACCUCUGCUACCCAAGCUGAUGUUGCUGUCUACAAGGCUUUCCAAAAGCAAUACCCACAAUUUGCCAGAUGGUUCAACCACAUUGCUUCUUUCACUGAAGAAUUCGACACUUUACCAGCCGGUACUGCUCCAGCCGCUGCCGCUGCUGCUGAAGAAGAUGACGAAGAUGUCGAUUUAUUCGGUUCUGAUGAUGAAGAAGUUGAUGAAGAAGCUGAAAAAUUAAAACAACAAAGAUUAGCUGAAUAUGCUGCUAAGAAGGCUGCUAAGGGUCCAAAGCCAGCUGCUAAAUCUAUUGUUACUUUAGAUGUUAAGCCAUGGGAUGAUGAAACUGAUUUAGAAGAAUUAUUAGCCAAUGUUAAAGCUGUUCAAAUGGAAGGUUUAACUUGGGGUGCUCAUCAAUGGAUUCCAGUUGGUUUCGGAAUCAAGAAAUUACAAAUCAACUUGGUUGUUGAAGAUGCUUUAGUUUCUUUGGAUGAAUUACAAGCUGCUAUUGAAGAAGAUGAAGAUCAUGUUCAAUCUACUGAUAUUGCUGCUAUGCAAAAAUUAUAA